AUGACACCCGCAAAGGAUGUUGCCUUGGUGCCAUCAGAGACUCUUGUCAGACCAAAAUUUGUGAUUGAAAUUACUGCCGCACAGGGUAUGACACGAUAUGGGAGGUGUUAUACUCCCGAAAAUCUAGCUCUUGUAGAACAGAAGAAGGACCAGGAAUUCAGUGCACAGUUCCAAGUCUUGGACAUUGACACAAGCUUUAACCUUCUUCUGGGAAGGCCUUUCAUCCAUAUGGCUGGAGCUGCGCCUUCUACUCUUCACCAAAUGUUGAUGCUUGCUUGGAAGGACGAAGAAUUAGUUAUUCACGGCGAUAGAAGUCAUUCCGGCAGACAGACGCCUAUUAUUGAUGAAGUUUUGUGA